GACUCACUCUUGUCACCUCCUCGUCCGAGUAGGGUUAGAGGUUGAUCUGCGGACUCCUCCACCUCCACGUAUAGGAGAAGCUACGAGUGCUUAUCGUUCGUUUUGCAGUGAGAAGUGUGUCGUAAGCUGAGCUACCCAGUUUUUCGUGUUGUGUUAUUGAUAGUGUGCGAUUUUACACUCCAAUACGUCGUUUUCCAAGUGUUUAGCUGUGCUAACUACGGUUCAGCUGGUGUGAUGAUGGUUCAGGUAACAACAUUAUCUGCACUUUCAUAAUCCCAUUUCAGUGGGAGGUCUGGCAUGAGGCUUGACAAGGAAUUCUCUGACAUGGGCCGAGACUAAACAACGCUACUGGACAUGGGGUUGUGAACAUGUACAGCUCACUGUAGUUACCACCUCGGGACGGAUUUCUCCAGGACUCUAGGAGAGGUGGUGUCAGGCGGGGCGGGUUGGGUCGGCUGUGACGAAGCUGGUCUUGUUAUUGCCUUGGGGACGGAAACCACCACCACCUGCCCCAACCCAUAUCUUCAUUACACAACUCACAACAUUGAGCACUAAGCUAUAUUAAUGUUGAAAUACAUGUAUGGAAUAGUACUUUUAUACACAAGCAAUACUCUACAACAACACCUACACAUAAGCUGACAUUUACACCUAGCACAGUCUAGACGUGAGAUACCCUGAAGCACUGAUACUAUCAUAACACACAACUCUAAGCUAACACCAACAGCUAACAUCAAAACAAUCACUCGAGGUGCUGGUGUGUUAUACGUGCCACCAGUAGCAACGUAGGGAUAUUAACACCAAGAACAAUAGGGGCACCAGUAUCACCACUACCAUCAUCAUCACAAGGGGUAUCAACAUCACCACUACCAGCAUCACCAUCAGCAGCAGGCGACGACCACGGGGCAUCAGGUGUGUGAGCGUGGCGUGAGUGUUGGUGAUGGCGGCAGUGCAGACGGUAACCAGGAUGCCAGCAGGCCCCGCGGAGCUGCCACCAGUCUCAGAGUAUCGCCCUCGGCACAAGUACCCGGACGAGAGCCAAACGACGCUCCUGCCAUGUACCAUCUGCAACAGGACCUUCAACCCUCAGGCGCUAGACCGUCACAGGAAGGUGUGCGAGAAGCUCUCCUCCAGAAAGCGAAAGAAAACUUCCUCAUCAAACACCUUCGACUCGACCAAGCAGCGAGUGGACGGGCUGGACCUACCCUUGGGAGUACCCGGUCGAGGAAAAUCACCUGAACGCAAGACCAACCCGAAGAGCAAGUCCAAAUGGAGAGAGAAGCACCAGGAGUUCCUCAGGGCCAUACGGGCAGCCAAGGGUAUCACAGAUGGGGACGAUGGGAGCGGGGGUCUACCAGUGUCCAACAUUCCUUCCGACUAUAACCAGUGCCCCCAUUGUGAGCGACACUUCGGACCCAAGGCAGCAGACCGUCACAUCAACUGGUGUCGCGAGAAGAGCAAUCGAGUCCCUAGAUCACCCGCUGACAACCAGGCCGUGGAGCGUCUCAAGUCCCGCACUAAGUAUAUACCCCCGAAGCCUGGGCAGAAUGGAUGGCGAGCACCGAAGAAAAGCGAUGUUAUAUCGUCCAUCCCUCCUCCCAGCUCUGGCCCGACCCCUACCCCCGCACCCUACCCUCUGGGGACGCGGGAACAGAGUCCUCCACUCAACAGUCGUCACCUCAGUCCUACAAGAUCUCUAGGACGACACACAAGCCCUCCUUUGCCCUCAGUGUCCACAGGCAGACACACGAGCCCCCCACCCAUGACGUCGUCACGCCGCACCUCCAUUUCCUCGGUGUCGUCCGUGGGGCCGAGGGCAGGCAGCAUGUCACUAGGACGCUCGGCUGGCAAGCACUUCUCUAAUAUGCUAAAAUCGGCUCCCCCUACUGAAGAAGAAUCAGUGAUGGGGUGCAGCUCAGGUUAUGGGUCUUCCUCUGGACAUGGGCAGUCAUCUGGAUACGGGCAGUCUUCUGGUUACGGACAAUCAUCUGGAUACGGGCAGUCAUCGGGGCAUGGGCAGUCAUCGGGGUAUGGGCAGUCAUCUGGUUACGGGCAGUCAUCUGGUUACGGGCAGUCCUCUGGUUACGGGCAGUCAUCUGGUUAUGGGCAGUCAUCCGGGUACGGACAGUCAUCUGGAUACGGGCAGUCACCUGGAUAUGGUCUAUCUAGGAUGCAAGUUGGUCGGUCAUCAUUCUCCUCUGCUGGAGGCUCACCACUGACCAGACAAAGAUCAGUCAGAUCUUCUCUUCGCCGCACCUCAUCUAAUGCUCCCAUGGCAAGACAUCGUGACCUUGCGUCAGACAUGAUGGCCAGUGUGUGCAUCAGUGGCAGUCCUAAACGGGGUGAACCUGAGGGUGACGAGGCUGGUGAAACUUCCCCAGUCUGUUCUUUGUCUCGUCAAGAAAGCUACUCCAAUAAAGUGGAAAAAGAAAAAAUUAACCAAAGGAAAAAGAAAGUGCAUAGGACAGACCUGAGUAAUAAAGACAAAUAUAACAAAAUAAUUGAAACCCCAGAAAAUUCAGUCAUUGUGGAGGAGGAAGAUACCAAGUGUGAAAGGAUAGUUUAUAAAGAUGAGGAAGAAGAAAAUAUAAGAAACAAUGGUGAUGGGAAACCAGAAGCAGAUGUAGAAAAAGAUAAAAGCAUCAAGGAUGUUUUUGAUUCUAACGGUGGUCUCAUUAUUGAUAAAACUAAAACGUGUGAAAAUAAUUGCGACGAUGAGAGUGACAAUGAAAUUUUAAAUGAACUUCAGUACAAUUGUGAAAGUGAAGAGGAUUUAGACAUUCCUACCGAAGAAAACUUUCUCAAGUCUUCUACAUCGAUCAGUGGUGAUGAUGAAAUUGUGGACCUGAAUUUUGGCCGACCCAGAUCAGUCCAUUUUGAAGAUGAGAAAUGGGAAGGGGGAAAGUAUAAGAUAAAGAAGGAAAGGGAAGGCAAAUACAUAGAUUCCUGGGGAGACCUGGACAGUCACACACUACACAACUCUCAUCCUUUUGCUAAACUAGAAAGAGAUUUUGAAAUGAAUGGAGGCAUUCCAUUUUCAGGUCCAGGUAGAUUACAUAAUGUAAAAAGUGCUAACAGGGAGAGUGUUAGGGAAAUUUUUCGUCGUAAGCGAGAGGAAGCCGGGGAUUAUGUAGAUCAAGAUAGUAGAAGAAGAGUAUCAUCAAAUGAAAGAAAGGGUGAAGGAAGUGUUAAUAAUGUAAAAAACGUAAGAAUGCAAUCAAGAUCAAGAGAAAGAGCACAUAAAGAGUUGAGUGAUAAUGUUAGAGGUAGUGAAGGAAGAGGUAGAAAAUCGUCUGAUUUAGAUAAUUAUUUAAAUUCUGAGAGAAGACAGCACGUAUCUCGGUCAAGGAGUCCAAAAAGAGAAAACAGGUAUUCUAAGAAAGGGGUGACUCUAGUGCCAGUAAAUGGUGUUGACAAUAGUGAGGGUGUUGUGAUAUCAAGAAGGGAUUAUGUCAUGUUUAAAUCAUUAGUUGGAACUCAGAGUGGGAGAAGUGAGAAAGUUACCACAGAUGACUGGAAAGCUCCUGGCAAGACGAAGAAGCUUGGCCCGUGCAAGUCAGGAAAUCAGAAAAGACUUGGGGAGUCUCCUUAUGAUCCCUUCUCGGCAGCAGAGCUACAGAUGCAAGCGCUGAUGGGAUCACCCACACCAUCUACAAAGAAGGGGUCUAGUCUAGGGGCAGCAGGAUUAGGAAUGGGGGUGUCUGUGGCAGACUCAGUUACAAUGGAUGGAACUGGAAGGGAAUCUCCUGAUUUUGAGUUCAGCAUUGGGUUUGCUGAUAUAUCAAAAAGUGGAAGCAAUUCAAGGGAGGUAUCACCAGAGGUUGAGUUUAGAAAGUCAAGGAUGGGUGAAGGAUGUUCUACUCUUGGCACUAGUUUGACUAAUUUAGAUCUGGGAUCAACAAAGAUGGGUUCUCCAUCACCCCGGAGAGCCUCGGACGGCAGAUGGUCAUGGCAGUCGUCAACAAAUAAGUCCUUGAAUAAUUUAGGUGUUGGGUCCUCGUCUCCAACAUUCAGAAAACCUUUAUGGUCCUCGAGGGAUACUACUGCACGGGAAACUAACAGGUGGUCUUCUCCAACAAGGGAGACUCGUGUUCAGGAAGGCUCUUCUAACAAUACUCAAAGGUGGUCUUCACCAACCCGUGAUAGUCCGUGUAGGGACCCUGUACCUCAAGAUGACCAUAGCUGGUCUUCCCUCACACAAGAGAUAGACAGAUGGUCUUCUCCUAGCUGUGAAUCUCAUAAUGAGUCGACUCCCUUUCAUGAUACUCACAGCCCCUCCAGCCACCCUCGUAGUUGGUCUGCUCUCACUCGUGACAGUCGUAGUGCUGUCUCUCCCAGCCGUGAUGUUCAUAGCUCUUCCCCUACCAGUGACAAUCGCAGUUCUUCUCCUACACACGGUACUCUUAAUUCCUCAUCCUCCACUCGUGAUACUCGUGAUUGGUCAUCUCCAACACGUGACGCUCGUAGUGUGUCUUCCCCUCUGCCUGACACUCGUAGCUGGUCGUCUCCUCGUGAAGUCCCUAGUUUGUCAUCUUCCACAAAUAAAAAUGAUAGGUGGUCUUCACCAAUUCGAGACACCCCUUCUGCUGCCACCCCUUCAUCCCCUACGCCCAGGACCACCACAGACAGAUGGGAGGAUACAAAUAAAAGUACCACAGUGGCUGGCUGGGGCAUGACUCCCUCCUCUGGUGUUGGCUCCCACGGGUCCAGUGCCAACCGAUAUCUAGAAAACAUUUUAGCCAGUACACAGCGCACUUCUUCAACUGUAGGGUCUAAUGGAUUCUCAGAAAAGGAAUCAUACACCAGUAGAAACAACAACAACAACACUGGGUUUGACACAUUCAGGACCAAACAUUCUUCACUUGACAACGAUGAUGAAUCUAGCAAAAAAGAUUUUGAUAGUGUCGAUGGUUCUCAAGCACGUGUGUCAAGUGGCUCUUCAUCAGACUCUUCUCUGCCACCACUGUCAUCACCAUCAUCAUCAACUUCACCUGCUGGAACUAAUAAAGGAGACACUUUGAGUGCAUCGACAUCAAUGCGGUUGCCAAGAUUCUGUCAUGAAUGUGGUCACAAAUAUCCGGUCUUGUUGGCCAAAUUCUGUUGUCAGUGUGGCUCCCGGCGAGUUGGUGUUGAAAAUUGAAUACUUGUGAGUGACGCUGAAGUACUGUACUGUAUGUCCAGCAGUACUGUGCAUGGAGAGGGAAAACACAACUCUGUGGCAACGAUUUAACUUCUGAUGCAAUUUUUUUAGGUUUGGGUUGGGGUGGGGGGGGGGGAUAAAGUAGCUAACAAGAUAAUGUAACUACAGCUACAUAAAUGGAAUUUUGACUGCUUUAGAAUACAAAACCUUAGUUUUCACAGAAAAUAUACUAAAAAUGUUGUCAUCAUCACAAACUGAAACUGCUGUAGCCACUUAAUUCUAGAUUUCCUACAGACAAUAUACAUGUUGAAAACUUCCCUUUAUGUAGUUUUUUAUUUAUUUCUUAAUUUUGCAUUAUAUAAUAUAACCUGCCUAUUUUAAUCUUAAUAGCAGUUUGUUUUAUAUAUUUUAAGAGAUAUUCUGAUAGUGUUUUAUAAUUACUCUUAAUGGUGUCAUGUGUUAGGUAUACAGUUCAAGUAAAGAUGCAUCCAUAGUAUUUUCACCAAGUCCAUGACAUACUGUACAGUGUGCAGUUCUUUUCUUAAUGUCAUUAAUAUUAUUUAGAAAUACUUUACUGCAGUAGAGUUUUAUUAUGGUACAAGAUGAAUAAAAAUUAAGCCUUGUUUGACAUAGGUGGGAUUUAUAUCAACUGAAUUUUAUGACAAUUAUAUAUGCAUAUAAGAUCUUAGUGACAGAUAAUACAGUAUGAAUGUUACUAUUUACAGGACCCUACCAAGUCAAUUUUGUUUCAUUAAUGAACAUGUUGAUUAAGUUGUAAAAUUAAUAUUUUAAUUUCUACUUUAUAUACAUUUGAAGAAAAUGUUUUAAACUAUUUUUAUUCAGUAAUAAACUCUGAAUACAUAAGCACUGUCAAUCGUAAUGAAACAUAAGUAUUAUAACAGAAUUAUACAAAUCUGAAUUAAGACUGAAAUCUUAUUUUCUGAUGUACCUCACAGCUAGGAUGCUCAUGUAAUGCCUCACCAGACCUGCAGGUUGGAGGCCCAUGUGACUUAAGACCUCAGUGGCUGGGACUGAUCUGAUGAUUAAUUAUACCUCCCCAUUGCAUGACUCACUCUGAAUAAGAUAGAUUAGAAACAUCAGUCGCCAUCAAAGCAGAAAAUCUGAUAAAACAUCACAUUAAUGUUUACCCUAUUACCAUUCAGCUGUCAUAUAGGUCAUUUUGAGUUUCUGGCAUCAAUCUCCAUUCAGUUUCAGCUGACUUCCUGAUACCCACUGGGGGAUGAGUGGAGUCUGAGCCAUGCAAGUGCUCACUGGUUCAGGUGGCUCUUAAAACUAAACCAGCUAGAAAAUGGGAGGUGGUGAUACAUGUAUGUUCCAACUGUUAAUGUAACUCAUAUUCCAGUAUUUUAUUCAAGAUAUUGGGGAAACUGUUGUCCAGUUGAUGACCCAGUGCCUCUUGUACCACAGGUAUAUCAUACCCCCUCAGAAUGGUCCAGUUUUUUUAACCACUCGUGCAGGUCAGACGAGUUAACCAGGAGUUGAAAACUUUUAGAAUCUAAGGGAAACCUAGGAACUCUACAAAAUCUGAAGUCCUCAGGCAAGAAUACUUUGUUCUCAUUGAUGAAUUCACCCCUAUUCAAACCAGAUACCCUGUAAUAGACCACCUACUUUAUACAGGUGACCCGAGUCAGUUGCUGUAAAAUCAGUAAGUGAAUAACUGAAUAACCCUUGCAACUUGCUUACAUUAGGUGCACUGCAUAAACUAAAGUGUGUCACAGUAUAUCAGACAAGCAAGUUUGUAUGGUUGAUUGCAUUUUCUAAUCUUCAUUUUUACGGUUGAUGUUCCCAGUCAUUAAGGGUUAGAAUCUGUAGGUCUCCAUCCUUUAGGCCUAGUUAGAGCAAUAGGUUAUAAAGCAAGAUUAGAUGUGAUAUUCCAUGGAAACACUGAUCAUUAAUAAAGAUGAUUACAGUAAAUAUAUUCUUUGUAAAUUAAUGCAGACAAUAAUAUGAAGAAAGUCUUAUUGUAAUUAAUCAGUACAUUUCUUACAAAUUUGUAUUCAUAAGUUAUAUCUAUUAAGAAAAUGUUUAAAUUGUUGAGCUUAUUUUAAGCUUCUGGAUGUACAGCAUAAUCACCAAGAUUUUGCUUUUUAUUGUGUUACUGGAAUUUAAGGUAAAAAAAAGACUUGCUUGUUAAUGAGUGACAGAUUUCUUCCUUCCUUCAGACCAUGACUGAAAAUACCAGUACAGUUAUCCAGAAUAUGCAUGUGAUUUAUAUCGGUAAACAAAUAUAAUUUUAUCACACUGUACGUUAUUAGAUAAUAAGAAAAUUAGAAUUAUGUUGAAAUUUGAUUGAUUUAAUACAAAUUAAUUGAUAAUAAUGUACUAAUAUGAUGUGGCUGAUUUGUUUCCAUAUGCUUUUGCCACACAAACGGGGGAUGAAGCUUUAAGAAGGAAAGUUUGUCUAAGUCAGGCUGUCAGAUAUCUUAUUGUUCAGGUGCUAAUUAGUUCACCCUUAGUUUAUAGAUACCGUAUAAUUUAGUUUUUAACUUCUUAUUGUACAGUACCUAGUGACACUGUUGGAGCUGAUGAUAAUGAGGAAAGUUCAAUACCUGAUUAUGUCCCAGUUAUAAGUAUUUUAUUUUUACAUUGUGAAGUUUGAUGGCAUGAAAUACAUAAUUUUAGUGGCUUCCUAUACUGUAUAAUGCAGAUCUGAUUUGGGGGAUUUUUUUAUUGUUAUUAUUAUUGUGCCUUCUUUGAGACAUUCUCAAAAGAACUGUGGGGUUCAGUUUUAUAGGUUUGCUAUGAAGCAGUGGCUGUAGUAGUAGUAGUAGCAGUAGUAGUAAUCAUACUUUAGUAGUAAUAGCAGAAGAAAUAGUGGAAAUUUGGUAGAGAAGUUGAAGAGUUAGUGGCAUGAAACCGCUUCUGCUCUUGGGGAAUUUUUAGAAAUACUGUAUUGUACAGUAUUUAGUAUCAUUGUAAAGAUUACGGUAGAUAAUUUUUUCAUAGCUAAAAUUUUCAGAAACUAGAUUAUUAAUUAAAAAUAAUAAGAAGUGAAGGCCAUUGGUAUCUGAAGUAUACAUAUAGAGAAAAAGUG